AUGACUACUAUUCUUCCAUUAGGUAAUAUUAUUUUUAAGAUGACUAGGAUUAUUGGAUAAGGCAAUUUCAUCAAGAGUAUGGAUUCUAAUGAAAGAUGAUAGAGAAUUCGAAGGGACUUUACGUGGGUUUGAUGAUUUCUUUAGUAUGAAAUUGAUGAUUGAUUAGAUAUGGUUUUGGAGAAUGUGAUUGAAUUGGAUAAUGGGAAAAAGAAUAAAUUAGAAUCGAUUCUUUUAAAUGGUACUUAAAUAUGUUUGAUUGUUCCUGGAGGUGAAAUAAGUUGA